UUCAGCAGGCGUCGUCUGCACCCCCUUUUCAUUUGCAUGCAUGAUUUUAUGCGCGCGUGAUUUGUUUGUAUUUCCGAACACUUCCUUUUCUUUUUUUUCGCAUCAAGUCCAUCAUCACCAUCAACAUCCCUUAUAAAUGAUACGGCCCGGUGCCGGAUAGCUCCGAGAUGGCCGAUGAGGAAGUGCUCUUCGACGAUGUUUACGACCUGUGCGAGGAGAUUGGAAGAGGACCAUUUAGUGUAGUCAAAAGAUGUGUCCAUCGGCAGACCGGUCAACAGUUUGCCGUCAAGAUCGUCGACGUGGCAAAGUUCACCUCCAGUCCUGGAUUAAGCACAGAAG